CCCAACCGGCCCUCACUCGCCUCUUCACUUUCCACCACCAACCAUAACACAUACAUUUGGCGCAAAUACUCAGCGGUCGCCAACAUGGUUCUCGCCAAGUCGAAAAAGAGUGUCGGGCUGGGCAACAGCCUGAUGAAUGACCGGUUCGGGAAGGGCAAAGGCGCGGACAUGCGAAAGGGCAACUUCCAGGGCGGUAUCGAACGGACAGGCCAGAAUGGAGAGCGGUACAUCACAAACCCCAGCAAAGAGGCAUCCUGGGUGAAGAUGCGUUCGGUGACUGAACAAGGCGCCCUCGACGAAUUCCUGUCUACCGCUGAACUGGCUGGAACCGAUUUCACGGCGGAGAAGAUGAAUAACGUCAAAAUCAUACACCGAGACCAGAAGAACCCCUACCUUCUAUCAGCGGCGGAAGAGCGUGCCACUGUUCGGAAACAGCGAGAGAACAAGAAGCGCCUAACCGUGCCGCGUCGUCCACCUUGGGACCAGAAGACGACGCCUGAGCAGCUAGAUGCUCGCGAGAAAGAGUCACUGAUGCAGUGGCGGAGAGGCUUGGCAGAACUACAAGAAAACAACGACUUACUCAUGACACCUUUCGAGCGCAAUCUGGAGGUUUGGAGACAGCUGUGGCGGGUGAUUGAACGAUCAGAUCUUGUCGUGCAAAUUGUAGAUGCGCGCAACCCUCUUCUCUUCCGAUGCGAAGAUUUAGAAUCGUACGUCAAGGAGGUCGACUCUAAAAAGAACAAUCUACUGCUUGUCAACAAAGCCGACAUGAUGACUCUGGCACAGCGUCAGGCAUGGGCUGAUUACUUCACUGAAGCUGGCAUCAACUACAAGUUUUUCUCUGCCGAGUUGGCAAAGGAACUGAAUGAGGCUAGAGCCCUUGAAGAAGAGAGCGAUUCGGAUGCCCCCGAAGAAGAUGUCAGUGAAGACGAACCCGAAGAGUCGGAUACUCAGGAAGACGAACUCGCAGCGAAGGCUGGGGAGCUCAACAUCCAAAAAAGCGGCGGUAAAGACAACAAUACUUCGAAUACCCAAGGCCAGGGCGUUCCUUUAUCCGACGAAGAAGAACGAACACGCAUCAUAACCACGGAUGAGCUUGAAGCGCUCUUUCUUCAACAUGCACCUGAGAUUGAUACUGGGCCAAACAGUGAUCAUCGGAAGACGCAUAAAACGCAGAUUGGUCUUGUGGGUUACCCCAACGUGGGUAAAUCUUCCACUAUCAACGCUCUUGUUGGCGCAAAAAAGGUUUCCGUUUCUGCUACUCCCGGCAAAACGAAACAUUUCCAAACAAUUCACCUCAGUGAUCAAGUCCUACUGUGCGAUUGUCCCGGUUUGGUCUUUCCUAAUUUCGCAAGCACCAAAGCCGAACUCGUUUGCUCUGGUGUGCUUCCCAUUGAUCAAUUGAGAGAGUACACGGGACCUGCAGGUCUUGUCGCCCAAAGAAUUCCCCAGUUCUUCAUGGAAGCUCUAUACGGCAUGAAGAUUCACAUUCGUCCGGCUGAGGAGGGCGGCACUGGCAUUCCAUCGUCCGAAGAAAUACUUCGUGCUUACGCCAGCGCUAGAGGCUUCCAGACGCAAGGUGUAGGCCAGCCCGAUGAAUCUCGUGCCGCGAGGCAUAUUCUCAAGGACUACGUCAAGGGCAAAUUGUUGUUCUGUCACCCACCACCUUCAGAACCCGCGAUCGACCCGAGACGAUUCAACCGCGAGCUGUACGACAUCAACCACCUUCCAGCGAAGCGUCGUGCACAAGUGGCCCAUCAUGCAGAAUCUGCUUCAGCUGUUGACGCCGAAGAUGCUUCUUUGAUGGACGAUGACCUUGAUAUGAUACCUAUGCCUGCCACAGGAGAGAAGUCUAAGGGCCUUGAUAAGAGGUUCUUCGGACCUGGCCAAGGUAAUGGACAUGUCAAUCAACCAUUUCACUAUCAGUACAGCGAGCAGGGCAAGGGCAAGGAAUUGAGCGGACGCAAGCUGAAGACCAUGACAGCGCUGGAGCGAGACGUGGACCCCACCGAGUUGCGGAUGGGCGGCAAGAAACAUUUCAAAGGUAACAAGCGUCGCGCGAAGAAGGAGCGAUCAGUCUACGAGUGA